UGCUGUUUGUGUGCACAAAUGGAUAUGUCAUGAUUUCAUUGAAAUAAAUAUUAAACCUUUAAUUAGCUAAUUUUGAAUACUAAACACGGUACUAAUAUAUUUGUAAUAAUGUUUAUUCAAAUUUGAAGUUGUUGUUGGUUUGAAAACGAUCCUUUGGUAUAUCCUUUUGUGAAAUUGGUGCUCACAUAUCAAAUCAAGUUCAGUAAUGGUUAAAUUAUAUCACUUAGCAGUUUUAUACAAACAUCCAUCAAAAGCAGUUACAUUAUGCAGUACGAGUGAUUUAACAAGCUUCGGAUUUUUCCAAAGAAAUAGUGUAUCAGAGUUUAUGACAUUUACAAGUCAGAUUCUUGCUGAGAGAACGCAACCAAGUUCUAGGACUUCAGUUAAAGAACAAGCUUAUAUGUGCCAUGUAUAUGUUAGGGCAGAUAGAUUAUGUGGUGCUUUGAUUAGUGACCAUGAAUAUCCUCAUAGAGUUGCACACACUCUUUUGAAUAAAUUGCUUGAAGAUUUUUGUGUCAAAGUUCCCCCAGCUGCUUGGGCUGGAGAUCCAGGUAGUGUUGUACUUCCUGGAAUAGAAAAGUACCUUUCAGAUUAUCAAGAUCCCAGAAAUGCUGAUGCUCUAACCAAAAUUCAAGAUGAACUUGAUGAAACAAAAAUUAUAUUGCAUAAUACCUUGGAAGCAGUAUUACAACGUGGGGAAAAGAUUGAUGAUUUAGUUGUUAAAUCUGAGCAACUAAGUAUGCAAUCCAAAGCCUUUUACAAAACAGCUCGAAAGACAAAUUCCUGUUGUGUUGUUCUCUGAAAAGUCACGAUGAAUAUAACUGUUUCGAAGACCAACUUGAUAUAUGUGCAUAGGUUUUAUUUUUUUUAUUCCAUCUAGUGAAUUCCUAUGCAAUGUUAUUCAGUACAGGCUGUUAUUAAAUCAUUUGAUAAUUCUGUAUGGAACAUUGCAUUGUAUAUUUGUGUAUACAUUUAUUUCAAUAAAUAUUACAUUGAAAUGUCUUGAAAGCAUUUCAUGAUUAUUAUAAAGUUUUUAUUCGUAAUUUAAAUAAAUAUGGUUUAUAUCGUA